AUGCUGCCGAGACCGCACGACUUUCAAUCAUUUUGCCUCCUGCUGCACAUCAUAUCCCUCCCCAUUCGCUUCGUCCUCAUCGCGCCGACUGUCAUCUACCAGGGACACGUCAUAAACCAAGACUUCCUCGUGCGUCAUAACGCCGUGCUUCAUAACGGCACCUACACCCAAGCCAUCGUGAUCGGAGAAGACCUUGCACAAAAAUGGGGAAUCUGGGCCUUCUUCUGGAACCUAGGAGCUUGCAUAAUCGCUCUCAUUCUACAGCCGCCCUUGCAUAUACCCCUCACGGGUGUCGACUUGUUCAUUACCAUCGGUUUGUCGCAUGCCACAUAUGCCCAGAGGACAUAUAUCCCGCAAAGUACGAAGGCGUGCUACAACCCGUCUACUCUGCUCAACCAGCGGCCUCCAGGCGCCAAUGAAAGCUUCUUUGCUGCUGCUGCGAGGCUCAACGGCACUGUCUCGACUCCGACCAGGAUAUGCAAGGCUUUUGUGGAAGAAUGGCAAUACGGCGUCUCUUUAUGCUUCUUCUAUGCCUUGCUCUCCUUCAUGGGCAUGGUCAUCUUUUUGGGCACCAUGCGCAACCUCAAACAGCAAAUUUUGACCUUGGCUAACACGAUCAAGGUUUGCGUCAUAGCAAUUGGCAAAUGCUUCUUGUAUAUGCCUCGGCUAUUGAUAUUCAUGUUCCCGUGCCUCCUGUACCACACUCCAGUCUUCUUCUUCCGAGGCUCUCCCAUGAAAGUAAAGGGCCCGGUCCGAGCAGCGCGUCGGUAUACCGUGAAAACAGCAUUGGGUGUCGAGCAAAAGGCCGAGGUUGCGCUGAAAGAGCUCCAGACAGAGCUUGCCAAGAGGAGAGAGAAUGUUGGAAGGUACCAAGGGCCGCCGGGAAACCCCACGCCGCUGGCAGACUUCCUAGGUGUCUACGACAUGCUCAUCAUGGUCGACAUGUACCUCCAUUACGUCGACGUCCUCAACCUAGCUGCCGUCUCCAGAUCGGUUCGCGAAUCCGUCCUUCCCGCCACCGAUCUGCACCGCCGCCUCACCGUCUUCAAUCAAUACACCUGUUGCGACCGAGAAAGAAGGCGUUGUUGGGCAUGCCCAAACCAGACAUGCGCCGGGUGCUACCAGCUCCCUCUGGUUCCCCAAGUGCCAGUAGUAUACCACUUGGAACAGUGUGUACCCUACUGCACGCCUUGCUACUACAAACACGUUGCCCACGCUCAGCCCAAGAAGAAAAACAAGUACAAGAGCGCGCGAUGCAAAUGCGCUCCCAAUCCUCCUGAGCAGCAACCAAAUUUCUACCAGCGAUACAUUGACAUCCUCGGCACGCCCAAGAAAACACAGCGCAGUCUCGAGACGCUUCCCAGGUCCGUUUGCCGCGAGUGCAACAAGUUGACGAGCGAAGAGCUAGUGGCGAAGAAGACGGAGGCUGCAAAAUCCAUGUUGAUGAAGGGUCUGAAGAGCGAUGGUGAAAAGUGGCUCAUAUGUGCCAAACAGGGCUGUGGCAAUCGUCUUGGCUCAGGGCCCAGGUUUUGGAUUUGUCCAAAGGCACGAUGUGGGGGAGAAUGCAUAAGUACUCUGCAUCAAGCGUGGGGCGAAAGCAGAAAUGGGGGAGAAGAUGAGAUUGUUGGAGACGAAUCUGUCUGAUAGGAGCCCUUUGAGCUCGAAUGUACAUGCUAUCGUUCGGCUACCAAUCUCAGCAAUCUCAA